CCUCAGCUCACCACCACCGUGGUCUCCUGCCGCCCCGCGGAGUGGCAGGCCGAGGGCAGCCACGGGAAGAAGGAGGUGGUGAGCGGCUUCCGCGUGGUGCUGGAGGACACGCUGCUCUUCCCCGAGGGCGGGGGACAGCCGGACGACCGAGGCACCAUCGAUGGCGUCACUGUGCUGAGAGUGACCCGCCAGGGCUCCCAGGCUGAGCAUUUCACACAGACGCCCCUGACCCCCGGGAGCCGGGUCCAGGUGCAGGUGGACUGGGAGCGGAGGUUUGAUCACAUGCAGCAGCAUUCAGGGCAACAUCUCAUCACAGCCGUGGCUGACCAUCUGUUUGGGUGGAAGACGACUUCGUGGGAGUUGGGACGCCUCCGGAGUGUGAUUGAGCUGGACAGCCCCUCCGUGACUGCGGAGCAGGUCGCUGUCAUCGAGCAGAGCGUCAAUGAAAAGGUCCGAGACCGGCUGCCCGUUAGCGUGCGAGAGCUGAGCCUAGCCGAUCCGGAGGUGGAGCAGGUGAGGGGCCGGGGUUUGCCGGACGAUCAUUCGGGACCCAUUCGCGUCAUCACCAUCGAGGGCGUUGAUUCCAACAUGUGCUGUGGGACCCACGUCAGCAAUCUCAGUGACCUGCAGGUGAUUAAGAUUCUGGGCACCGAGAAGGGGAAAAAGAACAAAACCAACCUGCUCUUCCUGGCCGGGAACCGGGUGCUGAAGUGGGUAGAGAGAAGUCACGGGACUGAAAAAGCGCUGACGGCUCUGCUCAAGUGUGGAGCAGAAGAUCACGUGGAGGCAGUAAAGAAGCUACAAAACUCGACCAAGCUUCUGCAGAAGAACAACCUGAACCUGCUGAGAGACUUGGCUGUGCACAUCGCCCACAGCCUCCGGAACAGCCCGGACUGGGGAGGGGUGGUCGUGUUACACAGGAAGGAAGGAGAUUCUGAGUUCAUGAACAUCAUUGCCAAUGAGAUUGGGGCCGAGGAGACCCUCCUGUUCUUAACCGUGGGCGAUGAGAAAGGUGCAGGGCUGUUCUUGCUGGCGGGACCAGCCGAGGCCGUGGAGAAUCUGGGACCCAGGGUGGCUGAGGUUCUGGAAGGCAAAGGAGCCGGGAAGAAAGGCCGCUUCCAGGGCAAGGCCACCAAGAUGAGCCGGCGGACAGAGGCGCAGGCGCUGCUGCAGGACUGUGUCAGCAGGCAGAGUGGAGGAGUGAGGCCCCAGGCUGCCGGAGCCGGAGCCCCGCUGCCGAGAACAGGCCCCUGCGGCCCCUGAAGGAGUCUGGUGGCUAAUAAAAUAGUUUGACUCAA